AUGGUCAUAUCUAGCGUCCGAAGUGCUACACCCACUCCUGGGCUUAUCCCCACCAGAGACGGCACCUGCGGUACAGGCACAAACUACAACUGUAUCGGCUAUGUCGACGGAGACUGUUGUUCACAGUAUGGCUACUGUGGUCUGACCGCUGGCCACUGUGGCGCUGGCUGUCAAAUAGGUUAUGGAAGAUGUGAUGGCCUGAGUUCAUCCGUCAGGUCCACCGUUGCCGGCAUUUCUAUCGUUGCCGGCAUUUCCACCAUCGCUGGCAUUCCAAGCAUUUCCAGCACCCGAAUUGCUACGCCAUCUGUCGUCCCCGGUCUGAUUCCCACUAGGGACGGCAGCUGCGGUACAGGCACAAACUACAACUGCAUUGGUUACGUUGAUGGAGACUGUUGUUCGCAGUAUGGCUACUGUGGUCUGACCGCUGGCCACUGUGGCGCUGGCUGUCAAACAGGAUAUGGACGAUGUGAUGGCCUGAGUUCAUCCACCGUUGCCGGCAUCUCCACCAUUGCCGGCAUUUCCACCGUUGCCGGCAUUUCCAGCACCCGAAGUGCGACGCCAUCUACUGUCUCAGGUCUCGUUACUUCUAGAGACGGAACCUGCGGUACUGGCACUAACUACAAUUGUAUCGGCUAUGUCGACGGAGAAUGCUGUUCGCAGUACGGAUACUGUGGUCUUACUGCCGGCCACUGUGGCGCUGGCUGUCAAGCGGGCUACGGUAGGUGUAACCUACUGUCGCUGAGCUCAUCUGUCGGAUCUAGUGUCGUCAGCAUCUCUCGCACUCAAAGUGCUACGCCAUCCGCCCUUCCUGGCCUCAUUCGCUCACCAGAUGGGACCUGCGGACCAAACACAAAUUACAACUGUAUCGGCUAUGUCGAUGGAGAAUGUUGUUCUCAAAACGGAUACUGUGGCCUCACUCCCGCCCACUGUGGCACCGGCUGUCAAUCGGGCUACGGUAGGUGUAAUCUACAGUUGGUGAGCUCAUUUGUCGCAUCUACCGUCGCCAGCAUCUCGCGCAUUCAAAGUACAACGCCAUCCACUCUUCCUGGCCUUAUCCUAUCCACCGAUGGAUCCUGUGGAGCUGGCACCAACUACAACUGUAUCGGCUAUGUCGAUGGAGAAUGUUGUUCGCAGUAUGGAUACUGCGGUCUUACUGCAGGCCACUGUGGCGCUGGUUGUCAAGCAGGCUACGGAAAGUGUGACAUACAAUCAGCGGGAUUGAGUUCAUCAACCCGAGCUGCGACUUCGGCUUUGCCUCCAUCAUCGGUGCGUCCCAAUUUUCCUACUCUGUGUUCAAAAGCUGUGGUCUGCAAACAAAAAUCAUAA